GCGCACAACAACACCACCCCAGAUAUUUUCAGCGCAGCAUCAUCAUGGAGACGUUGGUGGAAAGGUCGUAUUCGAAGAUCCGCAAGUUGACGGGGAGGGCGCAAAAGGAGUUGCGAGAUGCCCUCGACGGUGUCUUGGCGAAGAUCGCUGGGAAAACGGCGCGCCCGGACGAGGCGGAGAUAUUCUACCCACUCUGCCUUGCCAUCCUCGGCAGACAGCCCAAGCAAGCGUCGCAAGCGCUGGACUGCAUUGAGAAGCUCAUUUCGUAUGGGUACCUCCGUGGCGCUGGCCCCGUGGAUGCCGCGACGAUGGCCAAGCUCCCGCUGAAGGAAAAGGACGAGGACGCGGCCAAAGUGACGCUCAUGGACGCGAUUGUCACGUGCAUUUGCAGCUGUAACGACCACCACGACGAGGAAGUGCAGCUCCAGGUGCUAAAAGCUGUGCUCCAAGCCGUGACCAGUCGAACAUGCGAAGUCCACGAGCACAGCCUGCUCAAGUCGGUCCGCGCUUGCUACCAUAUUCAUCUGGUGAGCAAGAACACGAUGAACCAGACCGUGGCGAAGGCAACCCUCCAGCAAAUGGUGAACGUCGUGUUCCAGCGCAUGGAGCACAUGGAGGAGACCUUGCAUGUGAACGACGUCGCCGCCGUCCCGCCGCCGCCUGAAGCUGUCGCGUCCGUGGAGGCGCGUGAAGAUUCCAACCACAGCCUCCCCGACGAUGCCGCCGACGGCGUGGAUGCCGCGGAAAAGGCCGAGUCCGACCACGCCAUGUACCCUGACGUGGCGCGGACCUUGCACCUCCAUGCCGCGGUGCUGCACCGGGUGCACACUCGUUUGGCGAAUUCGAGCACAGCCGACUUGGUCUCGGACGACGUCGAUCCUUCUUCUUCUCCUGCACCUACCACGACGACGACAUCUGCACCUACAUCGACAUCGCAUGCACCCUCGACAUUUCCUUCCUUGUACCACAAGGAUGCAUUCCUGCUGUUCCGGUCCCUAUGUCGCAUCUCGAUGCGGUCGCUGGCCGAAGAUUCGGCGGCGGCGGCGACGGCCAUGACAUCCUCGUCGUCGUCGGCGGCGACGACCUCCGCCGGUCCCCCGCAAGGGAGCGACGACCCGUUUGCAUUUCAGAGCAAGUUGGUCUCGUUGGAUCUCUUGCUGUCCAUUUUAAACGGCGGCGGGCCGACAUUUCGGGACCGCUUCGUGACGCUGAUCAAGCAGUACCUGUGCGUGUCGUUGCUCCAGAACUGCACGAGCAACUACACGCAGAUCGUGGAGCUGAGUCUGCGUGUGUUUGUGGUGCUAAUUGCCCAGUUCAAAGCCCACCUGAAGAGCGAAAUGGAAGUAUUUAUCACGCACAUAUUUUUGGGCUUACUGGAAAGCGACAACUCGAGCUUGGAGCACAAACUGCUCGUGCUCGAAGUGCUCAAGCAGAUCUGCCUCGAUGGAUCUAUCCUUGGAGAGAUCUUUUUAAAUUACGAUUGCGAUUGGAACUCGAUGGACUUGUUCAAGAGAAUUGUGGACGCCAUCAGCAAAAUCGCCAAGGGCGGCAAGAAAAGCUUCGAGUCGACCCAACCCACGUCGUCUAACGCAGCGAAACAAGCCAGCAAAGUUCAGGACACGGCACUUGUCGUCAAAGGCCUCGAAUGCUUGACGGCGGUGGUGGGGUCGUUGAAGAAAGUAGCGAAUUUCACCGACGAAAAGCGCAAGAUGGACAAAAUGCUCCAGGAAGAUGACGACGACGGGGCCGACGACGACGUGGCGGAGGACGUGACGGUCGUGGCCAAGCAGCCUUUUGGCAUGAGUGCCGUGGAAGCGUUCGAUAAGAAGAAGCGGCUGCAGGAGGAGCUGGCCGAGGGCAUUUUGAAGUUCAAUUUGAAGCCCACGGAUGGCGUCAAGUUCCUCGUCGCGAAAAAGUACAUGGAAAACACCCCUCGCCACGUCGCCAAGUUUCUGCACGAUCAGAGCAACCGACUCGAUAAGACGAUGGUGGGGGACUACCUGGGCAAGGAAGUGCAGUACCAAAAUGGGUUUUGCCUCAAGGUGCUGCAUGAAUUCGUCGACAUGAUGGACUACACGGGGCUUCAAGUGGACGAAGCGAUUCGGCACUUCCUGGCUGGGUUUCGGUUGCCAGGGGAAUCGCAAAAGAUUGACCGCAUGAUGGAAAAGUUCGCGGAACGAUAUUGUUUUCAAAACCCGGGUAUCUUUCCGUCGGCGGACACGGCGUUCAUCUUGUCGUUUUCGGUGAUCAUGCUUCAAACGGACUUGCACAACCCGUCGAUUCCCGAAGAAAAACGCAUGUCCAAGGAAGGCUUUGUUCGCAACAACCGCGGGAUCAAUAACGGCGAAGACUUGGCCCCUGAAUUUCUCGGCGGCAUUUACGACCGCAUCAAGAGCACGCCCAUCUCUCUGAAAGAAGACGUGGAUCUGAAGAAACGCAUUCAAGUCCAAACGGGAAGUGUGCAAAACAACGACCGCAUGCGGCGUGAAGCAUACAGCAAAGAGCGUGAGGCCAUGGUGAAAAGCUCGGAGGCUCUGUUCAAGCGACGGGUGCCGGCGACCCCCCAAAGCAGCGGCAGCGGCGCGUUCCAGCUCAUCACGGACGACACGGAGAGCUCGUACGUGCGCCCCAUGUUUGAGAUCGUGUGGGCGCCGCUGCUGGCGUGCUGCAGCGUAAUUUUCGAAACGAGUGACUCGGCCAGCGCCAUUUCGCUCUGUGUCGACAGCUUCAAGCACGCAAUUCACCUCACGUCAAGACUCAACAUGCCGUCGGAACGGGAUGCAUUUAUUUCGAUUUUGGCGAAAUUCACGGGCCUCGCGACAUCGUCGAGCCGAGAAAUCCGCUGGAAACAUGUCGAAGCAGUCAAGGCCGUCGUGUAUGUUGCCGUGCACGAAGGCAACUACUUGGGCGACGCAUGGCGCGACGUGCUGCAAUGUUUGUCCCAUCUGGCACGCCUGCAAAGCAUCGCCCAAGGCGCCUUGUCAACCGACCAGCCGUUCGUGACCAAGCAAACGUCGACGCCAACCACGUCCAAGCGACUCGCGCGGGGGUCAUCGUCCCCCAUGUCACUCUCGUUUCCAUCGUCUUCUACAUCCAACGGAAUCAACGGCGGAACCAGCGGCGAUGGCGACCGAUCGCUCGAAGAGGACAACGCCCACCGCGUGGCGGACGAGGUGGAUCCGCUGCAAGUCGACCGCGUCUUCUCGAGCAGCGUGCACCUGACCAAUGGCGCCAUCCAGGACCUCGUGCUCCAGCUGUGCGUGGUGUCGCUAACCGAGUGCGCCGGCAUCUCUGGCCGGGGGGUGACUGUGCGGGAGACGUCCAACGCGCCGCGGGUGUUUUCACUGCAAAAGCUCGUGGAAGUCGCCGACAUGAACAUGCACGUCCGGUCCCGCGUCGUGUGGGCCAGUGUGUGGAAAGUAUUGACAAGACACUUUACGACGAUCGGGUGCCACGACAAUUUGGGCAUUGCCAUGUACGCGAUCGAUUCGCUCAAGCAGCUGAGCAUGAAGUUUCUCGAAAAGGACGAACUUCGCGAUUUUAAUUUCCAGCGGCUCUUCCUUACGCCAUUUGAAAUUAUCAUGGCCAACGCCGUGGCCACCGAGAUUCGCGAAUUGGUACUCAGUUGUGUGCAAAACAUGAUCCUUGGCCGGGUGCGCAAUAUCAAGUCGGGAUGGAAAACCAUCUGGGGCGUGUUGCGUGUGGCGGCUGAAACGUACGAUCCUGCGGACGGCGACGCCGCACGCCCUGUCGUGGCCAUGGGCUUUAGCAUCGCGCAGAUGAUUCUGACCACCCAUUUCGAUCGAGUGGUAUCCGUGUUUGUCGACGCGAUCGAGUGCUUGCUUGCAUUUGCCGUGUGCGGCUGCGACGACCCCACCGACGCAUUCAUGCUAAAGAUGGCGCACGAUUCUAUCAACGUGCUCGCCGUGUGCCUCACCCAACUGGCUACGGGCCACGUCAUCGAACAAGUCCUAACAGACUCGCCAGCAAAGCGCACAACGUUCCGGUCGCAUCUGGCGCUGCGGCGGUUGCGGCAAGAGGACGUCCUCGGCCAUCGGUACCAAAAGGAAGAGUCGGCGGAUGACUUGAUCUCGGAUGCGCCCAUCUCCCCUCGAGUGACCCCCAUCACAGCCAUUUACACUGACUCGCAACUGCACACUAGGCUCUGGUGGCCAGUGCUCACGGCGUUGGCAACGCUGGGCUGUGACAAGCGGCCCGAAGUGCGCCAAGUGAGCUUGGACACACUAUUUGCGUCGCUGUAUCUGCAUGGCCCGAAGCUGUCUCCUGGGCUGUGGAACAUCGUGUUUAAAGGCGUGCUGAUUCCGCUGAUCAGCGACCUGCGGCAGCUGGAAACCGCCGCCGCCUCCGUCGACGUCGGCCCCGUCAAGUGCUGCCGCGUGGCCCUGUGCCAGGUGGUGGGCAUAUUUGGGCAAUUCUACGACGCGAUUGGGUUUCUCCCAGAAUUGCUCUUUUGUCUCGGCGCGUGCAUGACGACCGAGUCCAAUUCAGGCUUGGCGUGUGCGGCUGCGACGACGUUGGAGAACCUCCUCGUAAGCCACGGCUUGAAAUUCCCCGAAAACGUAUGGGGGCUCAUUGCCGACGAGGUCCGCCACGUCGUGUCGCAGAUCCAGCCCACGUGGCUCUUAUCCGGCGCUCCCACCUCGUCGACGAGCGAUGACGUGGCGCCGUCAGAGGAGCUGUUGUCCCCCAUGGCCCAGUUCCGGUCGGCCAACUUUGACCCGCCCGGGCCGCCGUCGGUCAUCUCCAUGUACCCGUCCGUGAUGCAAUGCCUCCAGUUUGACUUGAACGCGGUACCUCGCAACCAUUUGACCGCCACCACCGACGUUAUCCGGCCGACGUCCGGAUACCCGUCCACGACGCACUUGCUCGUGCUGCUCACGUUGCAGUCGUUGCUGGGCAACGUGCUCACGGCGCGCCUCAAGGGUCCAUUGGCGUUGUCUCCAGGCCACGCGGCGUCGCUGUUGGGGGCGCUCAAGGAAAGCUAUGCGUUUUGCCGCCAAGUGAACGACCGACUGGACGUCCGCACCACAUGCACGCGGGCGGGGUGGAUGUACCCGCUCGACAAACCCGCGGCGAUGUCUAGCAGCAUGCUCCCGCAGGAACUCAACGGCAAAUGGGAGUACCUCCGUGUGUUAUUUGCGAUGGUAAACAAGCAUGUGGCCGUGGCCGAUUCACGCCACCAGUUGACAGAACUCGUGACGCGCACAAUUGGCGAAUAUCUUUUGUGGAGCCGCGCACAUAGCUCGCUGAACCUGACGACGGUCACGACGCCCAUCUCCCCGGACGAACAAUUCAGAUCCAAGAGCUACGUGCCGGUGAUCGUGGAUAUUUUAAAGGAGCUCACGGCGAUGCCCCCGGCAGAGUUGAAAGUGCACUUGUCGUGGCUGUAUCCGUUGGUCGUGGACCUGGUGCGCUCCAAUGAAAGCGCCAUCCGCAAUGCCGUGCACCAUUUGCUCUCGUCCACAGUGUCGCAGCUGCUGUUGGCCUAGACGGCUGGACAAUAACAUAAUACUGGGUUUUGUGUCUUUAAAACAA